AUGUAUUCACGUCAAUAGCAUCUAGGUCCAGUUGUCAGCCAAUCAAAAUCCGAAGGCUGGGCUAGCACGGCCCCAACCAGGUGUCAGAGGUGCCCCACAGACAAUUUGAAGGCCCUUCCACAGACUCAUUGACGCCCCCCCACACAUGGCAUUUCGCUUCUUUGGCAAAUCCCUCCUCUACGGACUGCCGCUGGGCAUCACGUUCCUGGACUGCGUGGGCUAUGUGGCCAGAGUGGAGGGAAUUUCCAUGCAACCGGCUCUGAAUCCGGUGGCUGAUGAGCGGGACUACGUGUUCCUUAUGCGCUGGGGCACGCACAACAGCCAAUUGGAACGCGGCGAUAUAAUUUCACUCAUCUCCCCCAAGGAUCCCGCCCAGAAGAUCAUUAAGCGCGUGGUGGGAUUGCAGGGCGAUGUGGUGUCCACGCUGGGCUACAAGCAGGAGGUUGUGCGCGUGCCCGAGGGCCAUUGCUGGGUGGAGGGUGAUCACACCGGCCACUCGAUGGACAGCAAUACCUUUGGACCGGUGGCCAUGGGUCUAAUGUCCGCGAGAGCGGUGGCCAUUGUCUGGCCGCCGGAGCGUUGGCAGCUGCUGCACAAUGAGCUGCCGCGUCGCCGGAGGCCCAUCCAGGCGGCCAAGGGUAACUACUAUAACUAGACUGACCAACCGGCGGGGAGACCCAGCUCUGGACCCAAGGAUAGUUCCAAUUGUGUACAUACAAAUGUUCAAAAGCCACCACACAAGCAUAUAUUUUAUAAAUAAUUGUGUUCCCGCAAGAGAGCCCACAUAGGACGUUCUAAAUUAUAAAUUAAAGUAAAAAGCCAAA